CCAGUCACCAAGAAUGGGUUACCGCCCAUAGUCCAUGCUGUGACCAGGGUCGGUUGAGCCGCACUAUCAGAGAAGGAUGGGGUCACGGAUGGGCUACACGUUGACAGCUGGAACAUAAGAAAUUCAACGUGGAAUAACGGCCGAUUGUUUUUAGGCAUUUAAAACCAUGUUUCCGAAGGGAAAGGGGGCUACUGUGCCCUCGGACGGCCAAGCCCGUGAAAAAUGUUACCAACUUGAUCAGAAGGAAUGUCGGCUACAUUCGCAAAGGCUGCAACCUAAUAAGCUAGCGUUGUAUGUCUACGAGUAUCUGCUUCACGUCGGUGCACAGAAGUCUGCACAAACGUUCCUCUCUGAGAUACGGUGGGAGAAAAACAUUACACUUGGAGAGCCACCAGGCUUCCUUCAUUCGUGGUGGUGUGUAUUUUGGGAUUUGUACUGUGCGGCCCCAGAAAGAAGGGAGACGUGUGAUCACUCCAGUGAGGCCAAAGCCUUUCAUGACUACAGUGCUGCUGCUGCUCCCAGUCCGGUGAUGGGCAACAUGCCUCCCUCUGAGGGCAUGCCCGGUGGGCCCAUGCCUCCUGGGUUCUUUCAGGGUCCCCCCGGCUCCCAACCCUCCCCUCACUCGCAACCUCUUCCCAACGCUAACAUGAUGGGACCCCACGGGCAGCCUUUUAUGUCCCCGCGGUAUGGUGGCCCACGGCCACCCGUGAGAAUGUCCAACCAGCAUCCAGGUGGCCAGCCCUUGCCUCCAAACGUCAUGGACCACACACGACCUCAAGGUCAUCCCAACUUGGGCCCCAUGCAGAGAAUGAACCUGCCCAGAGGAAUGGGCCCCAUGGGAGUGGGACCACAGAACUACGGCGGAGGAAUGAGGCCUCCCCCACCCAACUCCAUGGGUCCUGGCAUGCCCAACAUGCCCAACAUGAACAUGGGGCCUGGAGUUGGUCGACCGUGGCCUAACCCCAACAAUGGACACAAUAUUCCAUACUCCUCCUCCUCUCCAGGCGCAUAUGGGGGCCCACAGGGUGGAGCAGGUGGCUGCCCACCAGGAACUCCCAUCAUGCCUAGUCCAGCAGACUCCACUAACUCUGGUGACAACCUCUACACAAUGAUUAACUCUGUUCAGCCGGGGGGAAACCGGACGAAUUUCCCCAUGGGUCCUAACUCUGAUGGCCCUAUGGGGGGAAUGGAACCCCAUCACAUGAAUGGAUCAUUGGGUUCAAGUGAUCUAGAUGGGCUCCCUAAGAACUCUCCAAACAAUUUGAGUGGGAUUAGUAAUCCGCCUGGGACCCCAAGGGAUGACGGUGAUCUCGGCGGAAACUUCCUUCACUCUUACCAGAACGAAAGCUACUCGCCGACCAUGACCAUGAGUGUGUGACCAGCCUCGGACACCUAGAAGAACUAGGAUGCAGCCAAUGAGUGCGUUUGUGUGUGUGUGUGUAGAAGAUAAAUGCGUAUCUACCGUGACACACUGGAGUUUAGUCCAUCAGAGCCAGCAGAAGAGUUGGUUGGGAACAGUGAAAGCUUCAAGCAGGAAGUCCCUGUGGCUCCAUCUUACAAAAAGGACUUGGUCCAUAUCCUCAAGACACUAUGAAUUCCGUCCCUGGAUCAAGCUGUUUUAAAAUUGUCUUUUUUAUUUUGUCAUGGAAGUGUUUCAUUUUUGUAACGUCUGAUUUAAUUCAGCAUGGAGAUGGCUCCUCUGCUAUAGGAUUUCUUUUCUUUUCUUUUUUUACCCAUGAUGCCCUUUCAGAACAUGGUGACAGAACACACAGGGAGGCUGUCUAACUCCUCAACCUCCCCAAAAGAAGACCACUGAAACACACUGUGUCUUGCGAACAGUUCCAAUGCAAAUCUAUUGAAGGAGUUGUUCUGUCCAGAGGUUCAAGACCAUUCCAGCUCUCUCUGUAGUCCUUACGGCUUCUGAAUUUAGUUUAGACCUAAAAACCUGCAUCUCAUCAAACUCCGUAAUGACUACUGUUUUUUUUUGUUGUUGUUUUGUUUUUAAGGCAUUGACUUUCACUAACCUAUUAUAGUUAUUCAUUGACAGAGACAAUCCAAUUCUAUGAUGUGAUUGAGUACAGUGAGCUCAGUGGGUGUUGAGUGGUUUCUUCAAAAGAGACGAGUGAGGGAGAGACCCAUACUGUUCACUUCUCUACCCCUGUCCCAACAGCAGAGGGGUCUGUAGUGAAAUGUAUAUCAACCUUUUUUGAUUGGACAGUAAAAAUCCUGUUUUUUUUUUAUGGUUUCACAUUCAUACAUGUAUGUCCUUGUUGUGUUUGAGCUCUUGAUAAACUUGAUAUUACAAAAA